CAUGCAUAAUCUCAGUUGCUAGUUGGCGAAAUAGAGAGAGAUCAUAAAUACUCAGAGGUUUCUGUUAAUGUACAAAGGUGUCACAUGCCAAUAUGAGAGAUGAAAGCAGGUUUUCCUUACUUUUCUUAUGCUAUAUCUAUUUUUUUCGGUUAUUCUUCUUUACAUUCUUUUCAUACAAAGUAGAUGUUCUUCCUUUCCUUCUCAAGGUUUUUCUUAAAAGCAAAAUUUCAGAAUAUCACAAAUUAUCUUCGAAGACCGAGACAUGCAUGGGGGAAGAGAGAGAGGGACCAAUUACCUUCGGUGUCGAUCAAAGUGGGUGAAGGUGUAGGAAGGAUCCACAACUCAGAGCGCCGGAUCCACGGUGUCCGCCCCGAUCUGGUAAAACGACAGACCGGAGCAGUGGAGAGAGCGGGAGGGGCUCGCACGUGCCGCCCAUCCUCCGUACGUCUUGCCGUCGCUAUUAGCAGCCGCCACCUCCUCCUCCCCUACCCCAAAUCAUCCAUCCAUCGCCUUCGUGGGGCCACCCGCCGCGGGGAGUAGAGUAGGGGGUCCUCGCCGGGAAAUUCGAAGGUUCCGGUCAUCGAAGAUUGCCAGCUCUGCUCCGGUGAGCUUUUCUCAUCAAAUAAUAAAAUCUCGAUCCUCGACGAAUAGUUCACGACUUUCUUCUCUCAGUUUCAAAGCACAUGAGCAUGUCAAGAAGACCAUCCCGAAAGAGUGAACCGCUUUUCUUGAGCUCCCAUGAAUUCCUCUAAUUAAAGUUAACCAUUACAACUGGAAAGAAUGGCCCUUUUUCUUUUUUACGAAGGAAAGCCGGAAAAAUUUUCCGUCCAGAAUUCGGGGGGGUUGGUGAAAAGCUCUAGAAAUGACCACUUGGAAGAUGAUGAUUGGCGGUGAAGAGUGGGGUGCAUGGUACGGGGGAGUGAGGGUUCAGCCAGUCGGGGCCGCUGCAUCACGCGAGGAGGAGAUUUGAUCUCGUCGUACGGACAAGAACGGGGCUGCCGGCGGUAGCCGGUGAUGGCCUGCAGGAGGCUGCCUAUCUCUUUUGGAUCUUUUCGAGGGUCUUCUGACAGAUGAAAUAUCUUCCCCCGCCGGUCUGGGGAUCGGAUGUAACCGAUCUCAAAAGGCUCCGGCUCGUUAUCUUCCGAUACGCACAGUAUCGUUUUGAUGAGGGACCGUUUCGGACUUGAGAUUGCAAUGUCAUGUCGCUGUUGCUGAUAUGGGGGACGGCCCAAGAUUUUCAUGCUCCUUUGGGGGGGGGAGUCCUACCAUCAACGUCGUAAGGCCACCACAUCUUUGUGUUAUCAAGAGCAUAGGAUUGCUGUGUCUUUCCGGUGGAGAGUGGUGUGCGGAGUGGGAGCACUCAUGCCAAAAGGGUUGAGUUUAUGCACCCCUCGCAAAUGCAAAUAUUGUACUGGAAAGAAUCUCUCCCCUCUUACAAGUUACACCGUUUCAAAAUUUCAUAUAUAUUGCGAGUAAAGUAAAAGCAUGGUUGUCGAUCGAUAUUCCUUCCCACGCAUUGAAUCCGCAAGAAUGUAGCAUUAUCGCGGGAUUUGGUUGCCGAAGAAAAAUUAACCGGCGACACCAUUGGUUGCCUAAAUCACGUAAGUAAACCUGCAAAUCAAGAACGCCUCCAAGACGGCCUUAGCAGCGGGAAGGAAGGACAUGUCCCCGAGAGCCAAGCGUCGUGUAGGCAGAAGAAGAAUAUAAUUAAAAAGACUAGAAAACAGUGGGCCUGUGUCUCAGGUAGGUACAGAGAGAGAAAGACAGAGGCAGAGUACGGUACUAGCACUAACUGUAUGCCCCACACGACGAGGUCCCCACAAAGGGGAAGGGAAGGAAGGGAAAGGAGCCUCUUCCCUUUCCUUUCUCCCUUAGGGUGACCUGUCAGGUGACUGUGAGCAAGAAUUAGCGAGUGAACCCUCCCUCUCUUCUCCUUCUCCUGUGAAUCUCUAUAAACAAUGAGAACCAGAAACCGAAAGGACUAGAAAAAAAAGGAGGGAAACGAAAGAAUAGAAAAGGAAGAUGUAGGGGAUAAAUAUGCAAACCGCCGCACUCUGUCGAGCCAUAAUGUCUCUCCAGGCAGCAACGCUUCUGUUUCUGCUGCUGCUGCUGCUGCUCUUCCAACACCACCACUAGGCUUACCUGAAACGUAUAGCCAUUCUCUUUCACUGUUGCUUGCACCCAGCCCCUACCAGCUACCACUAGGCUACCUGACUCCACACUGCGCAACCCUAUAAGGUACCAUACCAGAAUCCGACUCUCCAACAUCCCUCUCUUCCUUUUCCCCAUCUUCCCAUUUCACUUCAUUAGCUAGAGAGAGAGAGAGAAGGUUGCUUCAUGGCGACGACUUUGCUUCUGUGGCCGGACAAGACUGGAGACGACCAACCACCUGAGAAGGAGAAGCAGGACGCUGCUGCCGUACCCCCAAGGCUGAAGAACCGAAAGGGUGGCAGGACGGCGGCGAACGCCCCUAAGAAGCAGCCUCAACGCGGCCUGGGAGUCGCGCAGCUGGAGCGGCUCCGGCUCCAGGAGCAGCGGCGCAAGAUGUUGGCGGAAGCCGAGCUCAUCCAGGGACAGCAGGCAGCGUCUGCGCUUCAGUACUCAUUCCCGUAUGCGGACGGCCGGAGCUGCCCCGGCGCCGGCGUGAUGGUUCCCAGGUUGGCGCACCCGGCGUAUUCAGGAGCCGGGUCCUGCGACAACCCACCGAGCCUGGCUGCAAUGCAGCGAUACCGAAUUGUCAGCAGCGUCCGGCCUCCGCUGUUUUCUGAUGGAGCGGAACGGUUCCUCGGUGUCGGAGCUGGCGCCGAUCCGAGGCUGCACAACGUCUUCCAGGCGACGCCGGAGAAGAUGAAAGAGCUCUCUUCAAACCAAAACCUGACCUGCUGGUCGGACCAGUGCGAGACCUGCAACAAGAGAAGAAAGCCGCAAUACGAGAACCAUGGGUUCGUUAAGGAAGGGCGGCAAGGUGGUAAGUGGACGGACGGCUGUGAUCUGCUGAGGCUGGGACUCUGGACCUCCCAAGCUGCUGAUCUCGAGAGGAUUGACCGGGAGACGAUGGCAGUGAAAAGAGGGGAGAGACAUGCACAUUUCGCCAUGGAUGUCGACGAGUUGCAGGCGGUGGAGAGGAAAGGGAAGGAAGUGAACGAGGGAAGAAUAUGGGAGUACGAGUUCUUCCCGGCCAAGAAUGGAGGAUCAGAAGGAGAGGUGAAGAAUGUGAUGGCGGUUGGUGAGCCCUCUUCUUCUGGUAUUGGCAGUUACGCUCCUUCGUCGGCCUCUGCGUCGUUGGAUUUGUCACUCAAGCUUUUUUCUUGCUGAGAAACAACAAUUCAGUUUGUUGUUUAUUGUUUUCUUGGAUUUUUGAAACCGUGCUGUUAAAAUGAAUCUGAAGACGUU